AUGUCCGCGUCUGAACCCAAACAGUCCUCCAAAGCGUCGUGGAUGAAGACUCUCUUCUCUCUCCAUGGAAAGGAGAAGUCUAUACCCGAUGACAGACAAUCUGAAGUUACACUCAUUCAGAGGUCCGAGCAGAGUUCCGAUUCACAGCCAUACAAGACGGCUAUGCCUCCAAAGAAUUUCAACGGUAGGCAUUCCAAGUUGAGGAAGUUGAAGCCAAUGGUCAUUGACUAA